CCGAGAUGUAUACUGGACAGCAGUAUCGACCAUCCCCUACAAGCAACCAGCUCGCCCACGCUCGCCUGACAUCGACGUGUGCGAGCACCACCCCCUCCUUUGUUCCAUCGCUUUCUCGGACCACGGCUCUCUUGCGGGCCUCUGUCGGAACCCCAUAGGCGACGGGAUCGGCGCGCGACCGACCGCAUUCGAUGACAGCAGCAUCGCCCAUCGCCCAUCUCUUUAUCCUCACGCUCAGCUCGCAGGCUCUGGGCAUUGAGCACGGGUCGUAGGGUCAUACCCGUUCCGGUUGCUGAACCACGCGGCAGAGCUAGCUCGCUCGCUUGCAGCAAGAUCUUGGCCUAUCAGCCAGACCGACAUCCGCAAAAGGAGACUGACGAAAGGUUAACAUUUCCGGUGUCACGAUGAAGGGCUGGAAAAAGGCGAUGAAUCUCUCCCGUUCCAAAUCGAGCGAUUCGAGCACAUCGAACGCUUCCGAGGGCAGCGGCUCCGUGCGUUCCACCAAGAGCGGUACCUCGUCCGCCGGCGGUAUAGCAGGCAGUGGACCCAUACCGGUACCCCCACCCAAAGGCGGCAGCGUCCCAGCCAACUCGAUCUUCACCGGGUCCUUUAACGGCGGCGGCGGUAAGAACGGCAGCAUGAAUAGCGCCGGUGGUGCUGGCGGUGGCAGCAACGGCGGCGCGGGCGGGAGCGGGUCCUUUGGUCGCAACAGCGGCCGGGCAGCCGGCAGCAACGGCUUGGCGGGCCAGCAGGGACCAGGCGCAGGCGCGACCUCGAUGGGCGGGGCAGCAGCCGUACCCGGCAGUGCAGGUGACAAGGGCGGGCCUGCCCCGCCGGUCGUCGUCGUCUCGAGCGAGCUACCCUCAACCUCGGUCGUGCACAUGCAGCACCCGCCCAUCGGCAUCCCUGGCGCCGGGACUCUGUCAGUAUCAUCCGCUGCGUCCCCCGCGAUACAGGGCCUCUCAGGCGUUGCCGCGUCUGCGGCCGCGCAGCUGCAUACAGGCACCUCGGGCCUGAUGAGCACUGAAGGCGCGCCCAUAUCCAGCAUGCCACCUGGCAAACUCAGUGGUGCUGGCAGUGCGGCAGGCGCAGGGAGCAUAGCUGGCAGCCUCGGCGGUGCGUCGGGCCGUCUCAGCGCGACAGGCCGCACGGGCCUCGGCGGUGCGCCCGCCGCGGGCAGCGGACCCGUCGGGCCGCAGGUGGGCCAGGGUACGCCGAAGGACAUGGUGCUACCCGCGGCGGGCAAGACGCCUCCGCGCAAGCAGCGCAGCUCGCGCUUCCACGUCACAGAGAAGGUUGAGCUGGAGAAGUUGCCCAACUUCAAUGAGGUUGUCCCCGCCGACCGCCAGGAGCUGUUCGUGCGCAAGCUCCGCCAGUCCGCCGUCGUCUUUGACUUCAACGACGCCAGCCAGGACCUCAAGGGCAAACAGGUCAAGGCGCAGACGCUCCACGAGAUGCUCGAUUAUAUUACCUCUAACAGAGGCGUUAUCACCGAGGCGCUCUAUCCAGAGGUCGUCAACAUGUUUGGCGCCAACCUAUUCCGGACGAUCCCACCGCAGGUGAACCCAUCCGGCGACGCAUUCGACCCGGAGGAGGACGAGCCGGUGCUCGAGCUGGCCUGGCCGCAUCUACAGAUUGUCUACGAAUUCUUCCUGCGCUUUGUCGAGUCGCCAGAUUUUGCGACGAACAUUGCGAAAAAGUACAUCGACCAGCACUUUGUCCUGCAGCUGCUCGAGCUCUUCGACUCGGAGGACCCACGCGAGCGGGAUUUCCUCAAGACCACGCUGCACCGCAUCUACGGAAAGUUCCUCAACCUGCGCGCGUUCAUCCGCCGCUCUAUCAACAACGUCUUCUUCCAGUUCAUCUACGAGACCGAGCGGCACAAUGGCAUCGCAGAACUGCUAGAGAUCCUCGGAUCGAUCAUCAACGGAUUCGCACUUCCGCUAAAGGAGGAGCACAAGACCUUCCUCACGCGCGUACUCAUCCCGUUGCACAAGGUCAAGAGCCUCGCAUUGUACCACCCGCAGCUGGCCUACUGCGUCGUGCAGUUCCUCGAGAAGGACAGCUCGCUGACCGAGGAGGUCCUCCUCGGCUUGCUGCGCUACUGGCCCAAGGUCAACUCGCCCAAAGAGGUCAUGUUCCUCAACGAGGUUGAGGAGAUCCUCGACGUCAUCGAGCCAUCCGAAUUCGUCAAGAUCGAGGUGCCCUUGUUCCAACAGCUGCAGCGCUGCAUCAACUCGCAGCACUUCCAAGUCGCCGAGCGCGCACUCUACUUUUGGAACAACGAGUACAUUGUCAACCUCAUGGGCGACAACGUGCAAGUCAUCCUCCCUAUUGUGUUUUCUGCGCUCUACCAGAACUCCAAGAGUCACUGGAACCGCACAAUCCACGGCUUGGUGUACAACGCACUCAAGCUGUUCAUGGAGAUCAAUCCGACCCUCUUUGACAUGUGCACAAACGAGUUUAAGGAGCAGAGGCAAAAUGAGCGGCAAAAGCUGAGACAGCGGGACGAGAUGUGGAAGAAGCUGCGCGAGUCAGCGAUGCGCAACAGCAAAUCGAUGAGCGUGCCAGUGCCUAAGACACUGCUCGAGGACGAGCGAAAUCCACCCACGCGCGCCCCGUCGGACACUGACUCUAUCGACUCGGCCGCCGACCUUUCCGGCAUCGGGGCGAUGGGCCUUAACAGCCACAACGGUGGCGGCGGCGGCGAAUCAGAGGGGGAGGAUUUCGAUCCAGAGUUGGACCUGCAGCACCAGCAGGGCGGCGGACCCAACGCAAGGCAGCUCGGGCAUCAGAGCAAUGGCGAGAUCUCCGUCACAGAGUACGACGACGCGCCGCUGCAUGACGGGCCGGACAACGGUGAUUACCAGGAGACUCAGCACCAGUUUGGCGACUCGGCACGAAGAUCAGUCGCGAGCGUAAGCGCGAAAGACUCGGAUCACGUCCGGCGCAAGAGCGUGAUCCCUAUGGAUCCCACCGUAAUGAAGGAACUGGCAGGGCACAAGAGCAUCGAUGGGAGCCUCAUUCCGCGACAAACAGAGUAACGCCCGCCGUCUGGAUGCCUGGCUGUCUCCCAUAUCCUUCGUGGAAAAGGGGGGAGGGGUGUCUGGCUCGCGUGUGCCUCGUGCAAACUGACAUGCUCCUACGCUCGAAGCUCCGCACCGCAUCGUACUGCGCUUCACGCCCAUGCCACAGGGCGCAGCCGCAAAUUCGAACUACACAUUUCGUUCGUUUCUGUACUACAACAUACAUUCUUGGUUUUGAAUUGCAAAUGAUCAUAUGGGGAAUCG